AUGGGUAACUUUGUGAUGAAGUCCAUGGUAAUUGAUUGCCAUAGUCCUUCUGAUACUGAGAAUGCGGAGAUCCUUUGCACAUAUGGUGCCAGCCACCUCAAACAUCUCAUCGAGAGCGUCAACGAAGGGUGGAACAACUCGAUCCCUCUCACCAGCACCCGUCCACAGCCUGACUACUCCGUUGGGUUCAGGCGAGGUGCGUUCACUGAGGACCAGCUCGCCAAGUUGUCGCCGUUCAUUGGCGACUUCAUCGCCGGGGAUCAGUCUCUCUUUAUGGCUACGUACUACAUGUACUUCCCGUUCCUAACCUGCGAGGUGAAGUGCGGCGCCGCCGCGCUCGACAUCGCAGACCGGCAGAACGCCCACAGCAUGACCCUCGCGGUACGAGCUACUGUUGAGCUCUUCCGUGCUGUUAAGCGCGAGGAUGAAGUCAACCGGAAGAUCCUCGCCUUCUCCGUCUCGCAUGACCACACCUCGUUUGACUUCACCGCGCUUGACGGAAAGGACAAAUGGACUACGUACCGAUUCACCAAGAACGUCUACGAAAUAUGGAUGCCCAAGCAUUUCGAGAACAUCUGUUCUGCCAUCAAUCAGUUGCCGUCGGAGUUGGACUUUGAUGUCCCACCACUUUCCGAGACGACCGGGCUUUCCCAGGAUUUGGGGAACUUGAUGCAGUUAGAUGCCAGCUGCGCUUCUCUGCCUGACGAGCGGGGCAGCCAGUCGAGCAAUGCCGGGCAGGAGGCGGUCACUCCAGGUACCUCAUUCAGUGAGCCGAAGAGGAGGAAAGGAUAA